AAUUUGCACUUCAUAGUUUAUAUGGUUUAUGGACGAGCAUGUGAUAGACUUCAAUAGACUUUCAAUUGCACGUGUAGAACAAAUUAACUGCAGGAAAUAAAAAGUUUAAUGUUUGAAGCCGUCUGAAUUUACGUUAUAUAAAUCGUUUAUAUAUUUGUUUGCAACCCAACAAACAUGGGAAAGUUGGACGUUAAGCUGUUGCGAUAUUUAACCUCUGAAGAUUUUCGUGUUUUAACAGCGAUUGAAAUGGGUAUGAGGAAUCAUGAACUUGUACCUGCCAUACUUGCUGCACAAAUAGCGAAUUUGCGUUACGGUGGAGUUCAUAAAUUGCUGAAAGAAAUGUGCAAGCACAAAUUGCUCAGUUACGAACGAGGCAAACGAUUUGAUGGUUAUCGUUUGACAAACUCUGGUUAUGAUUAUUUAGCCUUAAAAGUCUUAACACAGAGAGGAGUAAUCUGUUCCUUUGGUAAUCAGAUUGGUGUUGGUAAAGAGUCUAACAUUUAUAUUGUUGCAAAUGAAGAUGAGACUCCGCUUUGUCUAAAAUUACAUAGAUUGGGUAGAACAUGCUUCCGAAACAUUAAAGAAAAAAGAGAUUAUCAUCAGCACAGACAUUUUGCAUCUUGGUUGUACUUAUCAAGAAUCUCUGCAACCAGAGAAUUUGCUUACAUGAAAGCACUUCUGGAUAGAGGUUUUCCUGUGCCAAAACCAAUUGACUUUAACAGGCAUUGUGUUGUUAUGGAGCUGGUUGAAGGUGGACCUCUGUGUAAUGUAAAUGAAGUAAACAAUGUGGAAGCAUUGUAUGACGAACUCAUGGAUUUGAUUGUUAAGCUGGCGAAUCAUGGUGUUAUACAUGGAGAUUUUAAUGAAUUUAACAUAAUGAUCAAGAAUGAUGGCAAACCUGUUAUCAUAGAUUUUCCGCAGAUGGUUUCUACACAGCACGAAAAUGCAGAAGCCUAUUUUCAAAGGGAUGUGAAUUGUAUUCGUGAUUUCUUUAAGAGACGUUUUGGAUAUGAGAGCGAAUUAUAUCCAACUUUUCAAGAUGUGUCACGUGAGGACUGCAUAGAUGCUGAAGUCAAAGCUAGUGGGUUUACAAGACAAAUUGAGAAAGAAGUUGAUACUUUUUUAACAGAAAUGGGUAUUGAAUAUAAAGAAGAAAAUAAUGAAGAUAAAGAAACCAGUGAAGAUGAUGAAGAAACAUAUGAGGAUUGCGUUGAAAAUUUCAAAGAUUUGGAAUAUCAAUUAAAUGAUUUACAAUUACAAGAUCAAGUUGUACAAAAAGAAUUUAAUAUUUCAAGAAAAACAGCACUAAAUAAUGAACAUUUGAAGGAAAUACUUACGAUACCAUCUUCUAAUAUACAAAGUGACACUGAAAAUGAAUAUAAACAAAAUGACGAAAAUGUAACAACAGAAAAUGUAAUAGCCAAUGAAAAGUACAAUGAUUGUACAUUGUAUGAUUUAUCAAACGCGGAAAACGAAGCGGAACAUGUUCAUGACGAUACACGAAGUAUACGAAGUAUUUCUACAGUUGCUACUAUCGCACCAGAUGUGAUAAAAAAAAGAAUAAAAUCAGCACUUGACAAACGUGAUAAGAGCCAAGCAAAGAGGGCACUUGUUAAAGGAGAAGCAAGCGCAGUAACAAGGAUACGAAGGGAUAAUAGGGCUACAAUUAAAGAAUCGACGGGAAUUUGGGGUUGGGAAUAAAGUACAAGUUAUUUAUUGUAAGUCAUUUAUUACGUAUGUAAUUUAGCAAACAUAAUUAUUUUAUAUAUAACAUAAGAUAUUUUUGCAAAUUUUUAUAAUACACAUGUAUGCUAUUACAAUUAUUUCUUAAAAUUUUUAUUAGUUAAUUUUUUUUUUUUUAUAUUAUUAUUAUACCUAAAUUACAAUAGAAAUACAAUACAAGCAAUCUUGGAUGUUUAUUUAUUGUUUUGAUCUCAUAAAACUUCAGUAAAGAUAACAUAAUAGAUGUUUAAAGAAAUUAAAGUCUUCAAAAUCGAGUAUCUUUUAUAGGAAGAAGAUUAAAAGUGUAAUAUUGUGUUGCUGCAGAAAAAGAGAUUUAGAAAGUGAAAGGAAGAAAAAGAAAUAAAAAGUUCUACUUUAAGAACACAUUUCGUUUCGGAUUGUUUCAAUUGUAUAAUUAUAAUAUUAUAACCAUGUGAAACUGCCAUAUAAUUGCAGAUACCAUUAAAAUAUGUAUAGGUAAAUUAAUAGAAAAUGAUAUCAGUUUGUCUAUAUCUAUAAAACUGAUCCAAAAUAUAAAAUUAAACGC